UCAUCCCGCCGUCAAAAGGAAACCCUAGGAAUCCAUUUUUCUUUGUCUUUGUAGAAAUGACAACCGUUCCAGGGCAACUAGUAUGGGAGAUCGUGAAGAAGAACAACUUCUUUUUGGUUAAGGAGUUCGGUAAUGGUACCGCCGGCGUCGUCUUCAGCAAAGAACCUAACAAUCUCUAUGACCUUCACUCUUACAAGCACUCUGGCUUAGAAAAUAAGAAAACUAUGAAUAUCCAGCCUGAGGGAAAAUAUAAAGCUAUUUUGCUUGCUACAUCGAAGACCAAGAAGCAAAAUAAACCUUCAAGCUUGCUGAACAAAUCUGUGAUGAAGAAGGAGUUCCGUAGAAUGGCUAAGGCUGUAACAAACCAGGUUGCAGACAACUACUACAGGAUAGACCUGAAGAAGGCAGCCCUCGCAAGGUUGAGUGCUGUGAACAGGAGUCUCAAGAUCGCCAAGUCAGGUGUCAAGAAGAGGAACAGGCAGGCUUAAAAGUUCAUGCUAGGAAAUACUAUGGUUGUAUGACUUGUAAUGCAUGGGUUUUUUUCCAGUAUCAAAGUUUUGUGUUGACUUUAUCUUUGUUUCUUUCUCAAGAGUAGCUAUUGGCA